AACAGGAAUCAUAAUCAUAAUGAAAGUUAUCGUGUUGGCGAUGUUCGUGGCCGCGGCGCUGGCUGACAAACCGUCCUUCUCCUACGACGCCCCUGCAUCCCGCCCAUCCGGUCCCGUCAGGGUAGUCGAAAUCGUCCGCGACGAUCGAAUCCAUCCUGCCGCUGACGGCUCUUACACCUUCGACGUCGAGACCGAGGACGGCAUCGUCAGGCACGAGGCUGGUGGCCCAGGAGGUGCUCAGCAAGGCUCAGUCAGCUUCACCUUCCCGGACGGCCAAGUGUUCGACCUCCAGUUCGUCGCCGACGCCAACGGUUACCAGCCUCAGUCGCCCUUCCUGCCCGUGGCUCCUGCCUUCCCCCACCCCAUCCCCGCCCACGCCCUCGAGCAGAUCGAGCGAGGGCGUCUUGAGCAUGAAGCUCGCGCCCGCGGAGAACUGCGCGAGUCAUCCAGCCAGGGUCACUCAGCUCCCUCACAACUCUACGGCCGACCUUAGUCGAUUAUUUGAUGAACGAGUUCUCAGUCGUUUAAUUUAUAUCUGACAUUCUUUGUUGCGUAUAUCUUCUUGUUAUACCAGUAUAGGAUGAGUGUUUGUUAUUCCUUGUGAUUUGUCUUAUUUAUUUGCGAAUAAAUUUUGA